GGCAGCUGCGCUACUCGGUGCCCGAGGAGAUGCCCAAGGGCUCGUUCGUGGGCGACGUGGCCAAGGACCUGGGGCUGCAGCUGCCAGAACUCAAAGACCGCGACGCCCACGUUUUUGACACAAGUAGGACACGGUACUUUUUUUUGGACUUGCAGAACGGCCACUUAUCUAUGAUGGAGCAGGUGGACAGAGAAGAAAUAUGUGCAGCUGUCGCUAAAUGUGUUUUAAACUUUGAAAUUCUUGUAAAGCGUCCAAUGAACAUUUACAAAGGGGAGGUAGAAAUAAUGGAUAUUAACGAUAAUCCUCCCAGUUUUCCAGAAAGAAGAAACGUCUUAGAAAUCAGCGAGAAUACUGCACCAGGUGCUCGCUUCCCAUUAGAGAAAGCUCAUGAUCCCGACAUCGGAGUGAACUCUUUACAGAAUUACAAAUGUAGCGAGAGCAGCUAUUUCACCUUGGACGUGAAAACUGGAGGUGAUGGUGUGAAAUAUCCGGAAUUAUUAUUGGUGAAAUCUUUGGAUCGGGAACAGAAGGCUGUUCAUCAUUUGAUCCUGACAGCCACAGACAACGGAAGUCCAGUGAAAUCAGGAUCGACAACAAUCGAAAUAAUUGUGUUAGAUGGAAAUGACAAUGCUCCAGAAUUUACUCAGUCUGUGUAUAAGGUGACGGUGAGAGAAGACAUGGCUGUAGGAAGUCGGGUGUUAAAGGUCACAGCAACUGACAGAGACGAAGGGCCAAAUGCCGAGGUAAAAUACUCGUUCUUUCAGAUCCCAGAGAAGUUCGACAAGACUUUUAAGAUGGAUCCAGAAAGUGGAGAAAUUGUCAUAUCAGAGAACUUGAAUUUCGAAGAACACGAGUUUUACGAAUUGGUUGUGCAAGCUCGGGAUGCGGGCGGACUCUCUUCCCACAGCAAAGUACUCAUCAAGGUCGUUGAUGUAAACAACUACGUUCCCGAGAUUGUCGUCAUGUCCGUGUUCACUCCGGUUCCGGAAGAUACACCGGUGGGGACAGUGAUAGCAAUUUUCAGUGUCCAAGACAGGGAUUCUGGAGCGAACGGAGAGGUGCAGUGCAGCAUCAGCGACAGCCAGCCGUUCC